AUGGGCAUCACGCUGCACAUCAAAGAACAUGGGGGAGAAUACCUGGACGGAUCGUCUUCGUCUUGCGGCGCAAGAGAAGGGUUCCGACUUGCGCGUGCGCCUGGAAGGACCUUACGGUCACAUGAGUGUGAAGCUGGAAGAGUACCCGGAUCUCGUCCUCAUCGCCGGUGGCGUUGGCUUCACUCCUAUGGCACCUCUACUGGAAAUGGCCCUUGACUCAGAGAGGCGUACCAAUCUCCUGCCUCACCUGCGGAGAAUCUGGCUUGUUUGGACUGUACAGAGCUAUGACCAGCUCAUGUGGUUUGAGGCACUUCUCCUGCGAUGCUUCUCCGCCUCUAUGGUCACGAGCGGCUCCAGCGGCUUUUCUAUGAAGGUCCAGCUGUUUGUCACCAGGGACAACAGACAGGGGAGGAGUAUGGCCUCGUCAUCGAUGCCCUUUAAGAAGGAGAGGCCUGACAUGGAUCGCAUCUUCAACACCAUCGCGCGGGACACGAGAGGAACUGACGUGGCGACGCUGGUCUGCGGGCCUGUCUCGCUCGUCUCGUCGGCUUCCUCCCGUUCAAGGCUUCAUGGAUUUGAUUGUCACGUCGAGACCUUCAACUUGUAAAUUUCGGAUCUUCGGAGGCUUCAGAGAGUCAAAGCCUGAGUCUCAGAGUCUCCCCGGGAGAUCGGGCGCCGCCGAGCGGGCGGCCUGCGGCCUGAGAGCGGCGCACCGAGUGUGUGAUGAAAGUUGCGCUUUGCCUCAUCCGAUUCGGCGGAAAGUUUUGUGUAUCUAUUGUACAUACAUCACAAUUGUUUCUUU